AGAGUCCGCCCAGUGAUUUGGCCAUUUCCGCCACUGUUAAUACGCUAUUUUACAAACGGAACACGGCGAAAAGCCUUUUUUCUCAUGCAUAUUAGAAAACGCCAGGAACAUUCAUACCUCAUCGCUCUCCUUCCAUUGGGAGAAUCCGGGUUACUUUCAUUUUACUGCUCCCCAUUAAAGCAGAACAACACUUAUGAAUCAAAUUCCGCAUUCGUUUACUGAGGGGAAAAGUGGUGAAAAUGAAGCUUUUCUUUAAUGUACUCACAGUGACUUUGUUUUUACUCGACCAUGGUGUUUCUGGUGUUUAUAGAGAAAGAGUCUCAGUGUCUGUGAUGGAGGGAGAUUCAGUCACUCUACACACGGUGGUUCAAACAAACCAACAAGAGGAUAUUAAAUGGUAUUUCAGCGGCACUCGCAUUGCUGAAAUCAGUGGAGAUCUCAGUAAGAUCUGUACAGAUGUUCAGUGUAAUGAAGGUACUGAGAGAUUCAGAGACAGACUGAAGCUGGACAAUCAGACUGGAUCUCUGACCAUCACAAACAUCAGAACCACAGACUCUGGACUCUAUAAACUAGUGGUACUCAGCAGCAGCAGCGACAGUGAAAUGAUCUUCGCUGUUUCCGUCACUGGGGUUUCUGCUGCUGAACGAGAUGAAAUGAAGGAGGGAGAAUCUGUCACUUUAGAUCCUGGUGUAACAAAACACCCAAAUGAUUUGUUGACGUGGUUUUUUAAUGAGAUUCUUGUUGCUGAAAUCACUGGAGAUCAGCGUAAGAUCUGUACAGAUGAUGAGUGUGAUGAGAGAUUCAGAGACAGACUGCAGCUGGACAAUCAGACUGGAUCUCUGACCAUCACAAACACCAGAAGCACAGACUCUGGACUUUAUAAACUACAGAUCAGCAGCAGCAGCAGCAGCAGCUUCAGUUUUAGGAGG